CUUAUACAUCUCUAUGCCGUUGUUGUGCAAUAUCUAAGGCGUGUUCCUUUUAAAAAGCUGAAGGUAUUUAGACAGUAGGGAAGCAUUUCUAAAAAUCUCGGUAAACCAUUGUAAUAAGUAUGCCAGUUUAUAUUAUCACCAUAGGUUCUUGUGUCGAACGGUGCUAAAUGAACCAUGGUGCAUGCAUGGAAGUAUUCGGGGCGGAGAAGUCUUAGGCCUCUGCUAUGGAAGUCCUGGAGAAACGUCAGCUUGAUUGCAGAGUCUGUGGACGCCAGCACACGAUUAACUUGUGUUGCUGUGGCCACCCAGCGCCAUGCACGGUCCUGUACCCACAAUUUUGUGUUCAGGCGCUUUGUGGCUUCGAUGGAUCUAGCUGUGGAGUUAAGUAUGCGUCCUUCGCAGCCUUCGCACCGGCAGUGUUGGAUACGGAUGCCGGUAUGCCAUGUUUUCAGACCUGUUGUCGCAGCGCGGGCUUCGAAGCACGGCGCCGUUGCCCGGCGGGUGUGUUGGGGCCGCGGGACAUUGAGGCCGCCAUCAUGGACACGGGCGGCGAUGCAGGGCGCGCGCUAGCCUGGUACCCCGGGUUGUUGAUGGCAUGGCGGUUUGAUAAGGCGGAUACAUUCUUCCGGGAGAAUCAGCUUCCAGCAUACUACGGCGAAAUCGACUCCAUCCGGUCCGUUGUCUGCAGUUUCUCCUCCGCAGCUGUACGGCCGUGUGCCGCGUGUCUGGCCCUCAACAGAAAUCACCAAUUGAAGCGUUCAGCCGACGCUGCUUCACUGCGAGUCGCUGCGACACAGCGAGUCGCGACAGACCCAAGUGUCAUUGUCCCCUUCCGUUCUGCCGAGGGACUUGAGCGUGCGGGACACGUUGAGCUUUUUGAGCGGCUUAAGGUGGUCACAUCCGCAUUGAUCGCCGAGCGGGCAGAUCGAAUAGCGCUGGACAGGGAGAUUAAGCGGCGGACAUCCCUUUUCCAGGCUGAUAGCGUGAGGCUACAGGCAUACGCUCGGGCAGAUGCAUCACGCAGUGAACUCGUCCGACUGCUCGAAGCAUCACAACAACGAGGUAUGAUGCAGUGUCGGCAUGCGCGCCAGCUCAUCAACCCCCGGAAGAUGAUGAUGAUCGGGCCAUACCUCAUCAGCUUCCCUGCACUGCGCGCGCUGAGCAAGCGCAUGCCCCAUGUCAACAUCUCGUCCCAGGAUCUCAACUACAAGGACAAACAGAACCAGCGCGCCACUCUCAAGUAG